AUGGCGAGACGAACGGAUGACGACGACGGCGACCGUGGCGCGGGGACCACCGCCCCCGCCGACGAGCACCCCGACGCGUUCGCCAACGCCAUGCGCUUCCCGCUCCGCGUCGGCCAGGCGUUGUCGGUGCUGCCGGUGGACGCCAUGACGGGGGCCCGGAGCCGGCCGCGCGCCGUCUACUCCGUCGUCACCAACGUCGGCCUCAGCCUCCUCGCCAUCCUCAGCGCCGUCAUGCAGCUGAGCAAGCCGAAGCGGCCCGACCUCGUCGAGUUCAUGGUGGUCGUGUUCUACACCAUGGCCGCCAUCAACUCCUGGCUGUUCUACCGCCUGGGCCGGCGCUGGUGGGCGGCGCUGCUGCGGGCGUUCCGGGUGCAGGACCGCAGGCAGGGGCCGUGUCCGGGGCUGCGCCGGAAGAUCUUCGCCAUCUCCUCGCUGCUGCUCGGCGUCUCCUUCGUGGAGCACAGCCUGUCCGAGAUGACCGCCGUCGUUGGGCUCAGCCGGGCGCACCCGAACGCCUCCUCCUUCAGCGAGUGCCUGGAGCUCUACUACUACGCCAACUACCCCAUGGUCAUCAUGGCCGUGGGCUACUGGCCCUUCAUGGCGCCCUUCGCGUUCAUGCUCAACUUUGUGGCCACCUUCCUCUGGAACUUCAACGACUUGUUCCUCAUGUCGAUGGGCGUGGCCGUGGCGAGCCGCUUCGAGUUCCUGCGCGAGUCCAUCGAGAAGGACGUCGGCGACGUGCUGGACGCCAAGGCCGCGGGCACGACGCCGCGCCUGCUGGGCAAGGCGUACUGGCGCUCGGCGCGCCGCGCCUACAACGCCCUCAGCAAGCUGGCCCGGCUGGUGGACCAGGCCCUCAACGUGCAGCUCUUCGUGUCCUUCCUCAACAACCUCUACUUCGUCUGCAUGCAGCUACUCAGGGGAUUCGACGGCCCGUCCGUCCGGUGGUGGGAGUCGCUGUACAUCCUGUUCUCCUUCGGCUUCCUCGUGGUGCGAACCUCGGCGGUGUGCCUGAUGGCGGCCUCGGUGGUGGAGAACAGCCGCUCCGUGCUGGGGGUGCUGCACUCCGUGUGCUCGGAGGACUACAACGAGGAGGUGCACCGGUUCCUGGUGCAGGUGGCGUCGGACGACGUCGCCCUCACGGGGCUCAACAUGUUCAAGGUGACGCGGGGGCUGCUGCUCACCGUGGCGGGCACCAUCCUCACCUACGAGGUCGUCCUGGUGCAGCUGCACUGAAAGUAACCCGACUGUGAUACGCAAUAAAGAGUUAAGUGGGAGAGUGCA